CUCGCUCAGCUUUUCAAUCAUCAGCAGCCGGAGAGAGAGUUCGCAGAUUUGGUUCUUCGUCAGCUCAUUUGUACCCUGGUUUUGCAUAGUUCUUGUAUCAUUCCGGAAAAAAAAAUAUUUUUGCUGGUCAAAAAUGUUCGCUCGCACAUUGAAAACAGUUGCCGCUCAGGGUGCGAAGAACUUCUCAACAACUAAUCAAAACAAUGUCAAAGUGGCUGUGUGCGGUGCUUCCGGUGGAAUUGGUCAACCCUUAUCGUUGCUGCUGAAGCAGAGCCCACUGGUGACCGAGCUUUCGCUGUACGACAUUGUGCACACCCCUGGAGUGGCAGCAGAUUUGUCCCACAUCGAAACCCGCUCUAAGGUCACUGGAUACAAUGGAGCGGAAAAUCUGGAGAAGGCCUUGGCCGGAGCAGAUAUAGUCAUUAUUCCAGCCGGUGUCCCUCGUAAACCGGGUAUGACACGUGACGAUCUGUUCAACACGAAUGCUUCCAUUGUGCGAGAUCUGGCUGCUGGUUGUGCCAAGGCUUGUCCGAAGGCGCUGAUUGGAAUCAUUUCAAAUCCUGUCAAUUCAACUGUACCGAUUGCUUGCGAGACGUUGGCCAAAGCCGGUGCUUUGGACCCGAAGCGGGUGUUUGGCGUCUCGACGUUGGAUAUUGUUCGGGCCAACACCUUCAUUGGAGAAGCUGCUGGAGUUGACCCUCAGAAGGUCAAUGUUCCAGUCAUUGGAGGUCAUUCGGGUGUGACCAUCAUUCCCGUUCUCUCUCAGACGACUCCAUCGGUUAGCUUCCCCCAGGACAAAAUCGCUGCCUUGACCGAACGUAUUCAAGAGGCCGGAACCGAGGUCGUCAAAGCCAAGGCAGGUGCUGGAUCUGCCACUCUCUCCAUGGCCUUUGCUGGAGCCCGUUUCGCUUUGGCUUUGGCUCGCGCUAUGAAUGGCGAGCAGAACGUGGUCGAGUGUGCUUAUGUUCGUUCGGAUGUAACCGAAGCGAAGUACUUUUCAACCCCACUUUUGCUAGGAAAGCACGGACUCGAAAAGAAUCUUGGACUACCGAAGCUGAACGCCUACGAGCAGGAGCUGCUCAAGAAGGCCAUCCCAGAAUUGAAGAAAAACAUCGCGAAAGGCGAGGAGUUUGUUAAGAAGAAUUAAACAAUCAUUUGGUGAAACAUUGAGGCAAUGGUGUUUUAGAGUAACAACCGCUAGGAAAAUGUUAGUUUACAUGCUUAAGUACUACAGUGAGUACAACAUAAAACGCAUUUGAAACACAA